CCCCACUCGGCACACCGGUCAGAUCACGCAUCAGCAGAUGGACAGAGGUGACGUUCCGAUGCUCCCGAUGGAUGCCGUGUUGAGAGAUGAGCUGGCCACAUUCGGCCCGCACCUCAAGAACACCUUCAUUCACUUCGAUGACAAAGCACAAGCCGCCAGACCUCGCCCAGAGCGACUCAGGUGACGGCGGGAGGUUACAUGGGGCGGCAGAGAGAGCCGCUGACUCACUGUGCUGCGUGUGUGUGUUCAGGUUGCCCCGGAGUUCGUCUCAGCACUCACUGCCAUCGCAGGAGCAGCUGGAUGAGCUGAGCAGCGAUCUCCACAGCUACUAUUUCCUCAACCGUGGCAUCUCCCCGUCCCCCUCCAAUCGCCCCUCUCCCUCGCCCGAGAUGCUCGAGUCCAUGCUCGUCGAAACCACGAAGAAGCUCCGCUCGUCGAGCAGCCUCAUUAGCGGCAGGUCUACCGACGCAUGUGGCGGCUCCACAUCCGACUCCGACGGCACCGCUCCCACCGCAUCGGGCGACUCGGACAAUGAGAGCACCAGUGGCGGCGGAUAUGUCAAGUUCCCAUCGCCAUACUCGCCCUCGUCGGCCAUGCAGACGGGCGGCAGGUAUGAUGAGAGCGAGACGGCGUCGCUGAGCGUGCAGUCUGACGAGUUCAAGGGUGGGUGGGGGGUUCAGGGCAUGGGGGGCAUGCCGGCCAGCCCCCUCAUGUCCAUGACCGUCACUCCGGAGGAGCGCGCCGCUGCGGGCAGCUGGUCCUUCGGCACCACGUUCCAUCAGAGAGGUGAGCAAGGUGGAAAGAAGCCAGGGAGGAGGCAAGACAGACAGACAGACAGAUUCCAUGAAUCCAUGAGAACUACGUGCGUGUGUGAUCCGACUGUUGAGAUGCAGGCACGUGCAAUCCGUGUCGUUACGAGUGGACCAAGGGGUGUCAUUUGGGCAGCCAGUGCCGGUUCUGCCAUCACGAGGAUCACACACCCAACGGCGCCAUCCGCGUCAUCCCCGACGCCGAGACGGUCAAGAACUCAUCGGUGCGGCCCGACACCAUUCUGGGAGGCAAGAAAACCCGACUCAGCCCACACCAGAACGGUCAAGACGACAGCCCACCAUUCCUCAGCCGCGAGACUUCCCCCGUCCACAUGCUAUAUGCAGCGGCCAAUCCGACGGCAUUCUACCUGCCAAAGAGGGGCGUGACGGCAGCCAACGGGGGCGGUGCGGGGGGCGCGGCGCCGCUGAUGUACGUGUAUUCGCCUCCCGGCAAGGGCAUGCGCAUGGACAGGGCUGCUUUGAAGACACUGGGAGCACCGAACCGAAGCCUGUCUGGGUGAGCUCAUUCACAUCACAGCACAGCACAGCCACACAACACAUUACAUGGUUUCCCCUCCCUGAUAUGAUAGAUGCUCAUCGCAUGUUUGCACUGCACGUCACGUUGGUUGUGUGUUGUGUGUGUAUGGUAUGCAAUGCAGGGGUCUGCUUCCGUCAAUGCAGGGACCCAUGUGUGAUCCGACGAACGGCAACGGGCUGCUCCCCACACCCAACGGAGCAUACCCUGCGCCCCGGCACAUCUCGGCCCAGCAGCAACUGGAGCUGGUCGGCAAGCUGCUGACACGGAACCACCCGUCCCAGCGAAACAACGUGACCGACACCACCAACAUGGCCCGGUGACGGGCGGACAGGGGGAGAGGGGAGGGGAGGGGGAGAGGGGAGGGGGACACUGCGUGGCUGUCUGUGUUGUGGGUGGGGUGGUACUGCGUAUCCAUUACAUGUGAGUAUCUGUGUGUGCAUCCACUCCAUCUGCCUAGCGCUCGUGUGUGGUGUGCAUUGCAUCGACUGUGCACUCUUCCGUGCGUUGCGUUUAUCCUGCCUUGUGAGGUUUGUAAGGAAGGAAGGCACACAGACAGGCAGACAGACAGACUGGCUGGCUGGCUGGCUGGGGGAUUGGAUUGGCUGUGUGGGUUCCAUUCUACCUACAAGACAGGCACGGCACGCCUUCAUGUCAUGACAGACUGACUGAUGGGUAAAAGUGGAAGGGAAUGAAUGGAUUGGUCGUUGUGUUUUUUCACGAUCUUGUGGUUGGGGUGAGUCAGUGGUUGUAUGGCUUGUCGUGAUGUGAUACACGCACGUACGGGUUUUGAUUUCCAAUGGGGCGACGGGGGGAGGGGGGGGGGGGUUGGAUGGGAUGGGCCGCAAGGCAAGGGGCGGGAGGGCAUCUGUGCGACGCACAUGGCCUCUGAUUUGCCCCUUGCGCAUGUGCCUGCCUGGCUGCCUGGAUGAGUGGACUCCCCUGACUAAGCAACGCACGGAGCAUUUGUGCUGUGUGCGCGAGGCCGAGAUUGAGGCAACGACUCACGUGACGCUUUGACGCACACAGCAAUGGAUGGAUGGAUUGAUGCGAGUGUCUGGCUGCAUGCAUGCAAAGGAACUCUCUCUGAACGAAGCACGGAUUUUUCGCUUUCUCUGGCUGGCCAACCACAACCAGCACACAUCCCAUGCCAUCACCUCACCUACACAAGCAGCACACAACUGGUAGACAGACAGGACGAGAGAGACAAGGAGAGGCAAGGCAGGUUGCGCUGCGCACCUGACUGGCAUGACAUUGGGCUUUCUCUUUCCUCCCCUGCCCUGCACGUAUGUAUCACUGCAUUUUUGAUGACCUGCCUUCAAGUGGUAUGUAUGGAUGUAGGGAGCACACAGGGAGGAAGCAAGCAAGGAAGCCACAAACCAAGCUGCUGCCCAGACUCUCCCUCUCCUUGUCUCGGUCUCUGCCACUAGGGGAGCGAAGCGAGGUGACAUCCACUCGCAGGGAAAGCACACAGGGAUGCGAUCCGUGUAUGGUAUGCGUGCACCUUUGCAUGUGUGUCUGCGUGUGCAUGUGUGUGUGUGUGUGGAUGGAGGGCUCCACGAGCGUACCUUUGUUUUGUCCGCUGGGGGCUCACUCACUCACCUCAUAUGCCUGCCGUCUGAGUGACUGUCUAUAGUCACUCAUUCACUAUCCAUCGAGUCUGUCUUUGUUCGUUUUCUCUCUCUGCGUUGCUUAGCUGCUCGUUGUGCGUACGUACGUCCGUAUGUACGUGUGUGUCUAUGUAAGGGUAUGUACUGUUGUAAUUCGACAAGCUAAGUAAGUGAGGCACAGCGCAGCGGAUGCGAAUGCCCUCCCUGACUGAGAGCAGAGCUUGGUGCGUUGAGUUGCGUGCGUGUGACCCAAAGGGUCAGCGAGCGGAGAGCAGACGACACGAACGACCUCCAUGCAUUGCAUGCCGGCCUACCUGCCUACCUGCUGCUGUGGUUUUGCCCGAUGAUUGAGCUGCCUGCGUGAUGAUAUCUAUGAUGACUCGGGAAUCUCGAGAACGGACGCUGCCUGCCUGCCUGCAAGUGUGCGAUGCUACACAAUGAAUGGACGCGUGUUGUGUUGUGAUGGAUCUGGGUGAGGAUGACGGUUGAUUUUGUCUGCCUGCCACCGGUGGCUGCGCUGCUUCUUUCGCUCAUGCAAUUUUUGUCUCCUGGUCGACGGAGGGGGGGAUCGGCGGGCGAAGGUAUGACGGACCCGACCCACAGAGGCCGGUGACGUGAUACCACGCCACGCUCGCUUCUUGCUUCCUUCCUAUGUCAUGGAUGUUGGUGCGGUGCCCUGCUGGCUGUUUGUUGUGGUGUGAGGUUGGGAAGGCGGUUAAUGCUCCGGGUGUGUUGCUUUCCGUCGUGAUACUUACUGAGGUUGCUUACAUACACCCAUACGUGAGUGAGUGAAUGCCGUGAUGUGUCUGGCGUGUCUGUGGUGUCCCUCAUCCCCACAUACUUGACUUGGAGAGGUGCUCCUACAAGAUCAGAUCGCUCGUGAGCGUGUGAGUGGCGGUUGCCGCAGAGUCGGCAAGUGUGAUGGUUCGUGUCGGUAAACUCUCACCGUCCCCGAGAUCAGUCAGUACCUUUCACUCACAUAUGGCCAUAUGUGAGAGAGACGUACGUCUCGGGAAGGGAGGCAGUAGACAUACCAAACCCCAGCCCAGCCGUCCUCUCAUCUCCCUCCCACAACGACAGAACAGAUCAAGUGCACCUCACCGUGCGUACUUGCUUUUUGUCAUCUGCUGUGAGCCUGCCUGCCUGCCUGCCAAGAAAGCAUUCAUGUGUGUCGUUAUGUGUGUUAUAUUUGUAAUCCCUGCGUGAUGUAAUGGUUACCGCCAUGUCCCUUCACUCACAUUCAACCACUAGCUAGCGUGAAAGAUCGGCAGGGUGGAGGCCCAUCCCAUGGGUGUCUGUCUGAGGUGUGGUGCUGUGUCUGGUGUGCUGCCGGGUGGGUGGGCGGGGGCAAGGGGGAGGGAUGGGUGUGUGUACUCAGGGAUACAAGUCUACCGACUUUGUGUAUUAGUGAGAGAACGGAGGAAGGACAGACAAAAGGACAGAUGAGAUAGAUGCACACGUCACGGUAUCAGACAGAAACAAAGGAAGCAACAACAGCGACACAGAUGGAUGGAUGGACUGCCUGCCUGCCUGCCUGUUCACCUGCCUGUUUACCUGCGUCCGUCGAAAAUCACCUCACGUCAUUCAGUCAGCGAGAGCCCUCCCUUGUUUGUUGAAUUCUCUGUCCACAUGACAUGACAUCAUCACUCUGCCGUGUGUUGUGUGUGUUGUCUGUCAUCUUUGUUGUAUGUACAGCAUGCCCUGUGGUGCUGUGGAUGUCUGUCUUGCUUUCACACCCAACCGCACGCACCCAUGCAUUCCAUCGCGUGACGUCACACGAUCAUUCUCACCAUCAUAUCCACCCCGUCAACCUAUGUGUUGUGUAUAUCUUCAGGGAUUUUUUCCGUCCUCGCAGACCGUAUGCAGGCGUGCGAACAAGACGGUUAUCCACACGUUCUUUCUCGGUCUCAUUCCAUCUCCCUCCCUGCCUACUCGCACCUUUCCCUUUCCGUGCAAUGCCCUGCCCUGAGUGAUUUAGGUGCUGCCUGCCUGCCUGCCUGCCUGCCCUGCUUUGUUCCCACCUGCUGCGAUGAGAUUUUGUCGGCUGGCUGCCUUCGUGCCUGUGUGUGCGAGUCCUGAC